AUUCACACUGGCGAGAAACCUUUCACUUGCCAUAUUUGCGGGAAGCAGUUCUCCUACACUGGUGGUCUAUACUAUCACUUGAAACAUGUCCAUGCUGGCAUCAAAAACCACAGUUGUGACAUAUGUGGCCGCAGUUUUGCUUUGAAGGCUGCCAUGGAAGACCACCGGCGUAUUCACACAGGUCAGAAGAGUCAUCAGAGGAACAAUUAAAGACAUUUCAUCAAAGCGUUGAAGACUCAUCUGUAGUGCCUGAUAAUGAGCAUAUAAUAUUAACACCACAAAUUGAUUUUGACGACCAUGGCACUUGUGAUAAUCUAUCUGCAUAUGAAGUAUUCAACUUAUCUGCCUAUGAAGUUCUUGGUUUCCAUAAAUGGUACCCAGAUGAGCAGAGCACAUUGAUACUUGUUAAGGAUGAAGACAUGAAGGGUGAUAAAGUUCAGUCUGUGGCUGAACAUGUAUUUUCAGGUUGCCCUUAUGACCAGAACACUGGCAUGUUACUUGGCAGUUGUUUCAUCAAUCAUAGUUACUAUGUUGAUGUUGAAAGUUAUUAUUACGAUAUAGAGGGCAGACACAUUGAAGGAAAUAAGGCCUUGUGUCAAGAUAAACACCACUGUCAGCAUUGUGGUAAAACAUUUCUCACUAAAGUAUCAUUCAGACACCACUUGAAGGUAGAUCAUACUGAACUUAAUGAAUUAAGAUGCAUAUCUUGUAAUGAUACUUUUGAAUCCAUAAGCGAUUUGCAGUUUCACAAAUCCGUUCAUAGCCGAAACACAGGCAGUGAUGGCCCCUAUCUUUGUAGUGUAUGUGGUAAAACAUUUGGUAUAUUUAGCACUUUAAGGAGUCAUGAAAGAAGAGUUCAUUCAAGCCAUAAAAACAGUAAUGAAACUACUGAUGUGAAACACACUUGUAAAGAAUGUGGUAAAGAAUUUCAAUUUCAAGAAUAUCUUAAAAGGCAUAUGAUGAAACAUGGAGAGAAGAAUUUUGUUUGUGAAACAUGUGGGAAACAGUUUGAAACCCUGUACAUCCUGAAGCUCCAUCAGGAAUGUCACUCAGAAGUGCGCCCAUAUGGUUGCAAGAUUUGUGGUUCAUCAUACAAGAGGUAUAGAAAUUUACUUUCCCACCAACAGGAGGUUCAUGGGAUCUAUGCUGUUGGUCCAAGAAAACCGAAAGAUGCACACAAACUUCGUAGUAAGUCGAAGAAGAGUCUUAUGAAAAUGUUCCCGUGUGAUGUGUGCAAUAAAGCAUUUUCAACACGAGCGAAAGUGACUGUUCAUAUGAGGACUCAUACUGGAGAGCGCCCAUUUCACUGUGAUAUGUGCAACAAUACUUACCCUUAUAGUAGCAGUUUGUAUGUUCAUCGUAAAGUUGUACAUGAAGGUAGGCAGCGGGUGGAAAAAGGGAAAUUCCUGUGUGUUAUUUGCAAUAAAACCUUUUCAACAAGAAAUUACCUUGAAGUGCAUCGACGGACACACACAGGGGAGAAACCGUAUGUUUGCACAGUUUGCAAUCGUGCAUUUUCUCAGCGUACCAGCCUCAUCAAUCAUACUGCAUUACACACAGAUGCUAGACCAUAUGAUUGUAGUUUCUGCAACAAGGCAUUCCGACGUCGAGAAACACUGUUGGUGCAUAUUCGAACACAUACGGGUGAAAAGCCAUAUGUGUGUGAAAUCUGUAGCCGUGGCUUUGCUCAGUUGACAGACAUGAAGAAACACAGGUUAAAGAUUCACAAUGCACCUCCUCUGAAAAGAAGAUAAUGAAAUUCUGACAGAGUAGCUGGUGUAAUUGGAACCAUGUUGAAUACCAGAGUCACUCUAAGACAUUUAUAUUUACACUGUAAUUCUGCUGAUGAAGUUCACGUUUGGUUGGUUUUUCUCUUUAUGCUAGUUAAUUUCUGACACUUUCUUUAAAUUAUAUUUUAAAGCGAAAUUUUUUGGUUGAUGUGUUCCAUGUUGUUUUUGAGUUUGACAGUUGUAGAGUCCCACAAUAUACAUUCACUGUGAUUUUUGCUUUAAAGUAAAAGUAAUUGCCUUCCAUAAUCGUUAUUCCAUUUUCUGUUAUGUAGAGUUAGACUCAAAAUGAUUCAUUAUGUAUGUAAUCAAGUUAUAUGCAUAUAAAUUGUCUGCCUGGAGAUUUUGUCUAGUAAUAUGUUGAAGCAUUUUUAGGUGGGUUGAUGUUGCAUUAUUUAAAACCAUGUGUCUUUUGUUUAUCUAAACUAUGUCAUCCUGACAGGUUUAAUUAUGUAGGUCUGACAUGUGUUAAAACAAUAUUAAUUUAUGCACAUGUAAAGAACGUUACAUGAAUUAAGAAUGAAUAAAUAUGUGUAAAAAUA